GUUUCCUCGGCGCGGAGGAGGGGGAACGCGCUGAGGUGCCACUUCUGUUUGUUCACAGGGAGCGGUCAUCAGCUUUGGUGUGUAUCUGUUGGUAGGUUCUGAAAUCUCCUUGAAGCAACUCAGAUUAAAGAAGAUCAAAGCAACAGAGUCUUUGCCAACGGGGAAAUGGACCGAUUGGGUUCCUUUAGCAAUGAUCCCUCUGAUAAACCACCUUGCCGAGGCUGCUCCUCCUACCUCAUGGAGCCUUACAUCAAGUGUGCAGAAUGUGGUCCACCUCCUUUUUUCCUCUGCUUACAGUGUUUCACACGAGGAUUUGAGUACAAGAAACAUCAAAGUGAUCAUACUUACGAAAUAAUGACCUCAGAUUUUCCUGUUCUUGAUCCCAGCUGGACUGCUCAAGAAGAAAUGGCUCUUUUAGAAGCUGUGAUGGACUGUGGCUUUGGAAAUUGGCAGGAUGUAGCCAAUCAGAUGUGCACCAAGACCAAGGAGGAGUGUGAGAAGCACUAUAUGAAGCAUUUCAUCAAUAACCCUCUGUUUGCAUCUACCCUGCUGAACCUGAAGCAAGCAGAGGAGGCAAAAACUGCUGAUACAGCCAUUCCAUUUCACUCUGCAGAUGACCCUCCCCGACCUACCUUUGACUCCUUGCUUUCUCGGGACAUGGCAGGAUACAUGCCAGCUCGAGCAGAUUUCAUUGAGGAGUUUGACAAUUAUGCAGAGUGGGACUUGAGAGAUAUUGAUUUUGUUGAAGAUGACUCGGACAUUCUACACGCUUUGAAGAUGGCUGUAGUGGAUAUCUAUCAUUCCAGGUUAAAGGAGCGACAAAGACGAAAAAAAAUUAUAAGAGACCAUGGAUUAAUCAACCUUAGGAAGUUUCAAUUAAUGGAACGACGAUAUCCCAAGGAAGUCCAAGAUCUUUAUGAAACAAUGAGGCGAUUUGCAAGGAUAGUGGGGCCGGUGGAGCAUGACAAGUUCAUUGAAAGCCAUGCAUUGGAAUUUGAACUCCGAAGGGAAAUCAAAAGGCUCCAGGAAUAUAGGACGGCAGGCAUUACCAAUUUUUGUAGUGCCAGAACCUACGAUCACCUCAAGAAGACUCGAGAAGAGGAACGCCUCAAACGCACCAUGCUCUCUGAGGUCCUCCAGUACAUCCAGGACAGCAGCGCCUGCCAGCAGUGGCUCCGCCGGCAGGCUGACAUUGAUUCUGGCCUGAGUCCUUCUGUUCCCAUGACUUCGAAUUCAGGCAGACGAAGUGCACCGCCCUUGAACCUCACUGGCCUCCCUGGCACAGAGAAGUUGAAUGAGAAAGAAAAGGAGCUCUGUCAGAUGGUGAGGUUGGUCCCGGGAGCCUAUUUAGAAUACAAAUCUGCUUUAUUGAACGAAUGUAACAAGCAAGGAGGCUUGAGACUGGCGCAGGCAAGAGCACUCAUCAAGAUAGACGUGAACAAAACCCGGAAAAUCUAUGAUUUCCUCAUCCGAGAAGGAUACAUCACCAAAGCCUGAGGCUCCCCUGGAGGGUGGCAGGCCAAAGGACCGCACGGGCUUUCUGGAGCCUUGUUUUUGAACUGCAUUCUCAUUGUGAAAAGAGGGGAAGAACAAAGGAAAUCUUCAGUUUUAUUAGUGUCUGCUUUCUUCUCCACCCUGCUUUAAAAUACUCCUCUUGUUGGUAUUGUGCUGCAGAGUUAUGUGCUAGAUAAGCUAUUGUUAAUUGUGUGUGGGCAUUCAUUCCUAACACCUCUUGUAACUAAAACAAGAACCAUAGUACCUCACAUCACAGUGUUAGUAAAAAUAGAACUAAACCAGUAUGUAAUCCCAGGAGUCCAGGUCAGAUCCUUGUACCUGCUUGGGAGGUUGGUUUUCUGAUUAUGUUUUGCCUUCAAACGUUACAGACAGAUUUAAAAUAAAGAGGUUAUAGUGAGAGAAAGCGUUCUCUUUCGAGGGUUUCUUUUUAAGCUGACAACUUAUGUUUAUGAGUAGAAAGGAGGAAAACCUCCCCAUGAUGGUCUUGUCCCAAACUGUACUUUGAACUUGAAUGUCUGGCUAUGUAAUCUGCAGUCCGACUAUCUAAUCUGCAGAAGACUUUUGAGGAGGUAGCAACGGAUAAAAAACUGUCUCUUAUUUUUAGAAUUGAUUAAAAUGUUUUGCUACUUAAUUUGUGGGUGUGUCAAAUAUUCUUGUAACUAAGGCACACUUAGGGUGCUGGAUACCCACCUCAUCACGCUGCACUGUGCUAACACGUGUGUCCUGGGCUCACCCGUGUUGUCACCGGGGGCUUCCCGAAAUACCAGGUCCCUGAGGAUGGAGAUGAUUCAGUUAAUUUCAGCAUUGCUUGGAUGAGACCUGAACCCUAGUUUCUCAACGGUAGAAGGGUAGCCUACAAGAAGAGCUACUUUUAAAACAAAAGGAAAGCCUUUUCAUGUGUGGAACUCACUAGAUAUGAGGGUGAGUGACUCCACCACAUCUGAAAGUUGGUCCUUAAAUCUUUGCACAGUAGGAAGCCAGACUCAGAGGGUUAUCCCUAUUCUGUUGGAAGCAAACAGAAUCUUCACAGAUUACCUCCAAUAGCUGACUGAUUCUUUAGUUCUUUCAUCAUUCAAAAUACCUAAUUCAAAUAUCGUAUACUUGGUUGGAAAUAUCGGCACAGACUUCUUGGCUGAUGUAAAUAUGCAUGUGGUUUGCUAAUGGACUUCAUCUAGGAUUUACAAAUGAAAAGGAAACUCUUAGGAUCUGAAGGAAUUAGAAUAAAGGAC